CACGGACGAGCCGUCACAACACACGCCGACUUGGGCGACCUGACGAUUGGCCUCGCCGGACGUCAGUAGCGUCAGCGGGGGCGGGAGAGAAGGAAAAUCGAGCCAGUGCUCUAGUUUUUCCCCCUCUCAAGCAGAUGCUGCCGCUGGGUCAGUGUUAUGCCGUCUAUUAAUAAUAACAGAGUCGAAACAGCCUCAUCGAGGAGAAGAAAGACAUCCACAUCACCGAUCCUCCUUUCUUUCAGUCUACAGGAAUCAGCCAACGCGCAAAUAAUGUGACACAACUUUCGACAGACGCCUUUUUUUUUUUUAAAUCAAUCUUAUUAUUCGCCUUUAUUGCUGAGCUAUUGUGUCGUUCACCUCUCACGCUUGCUGGCACACAGUCCCUGGCUCUGUUUGUGCACUUUAUUGCGGUCAUCCAUCUGCUCGGGCGGCUGCGGCUUGUUGGUAAACACGAAUCGGAUCCCGCCGGCAAGGACUCCCUCUGGUGCAUUGAUGCACCCGUUUCAGUGGUGUAACGGGUGCUUCUGUGGUCUUGGACUGGUUUACUCCAACAAGUCGUGCACCAUGCCGCCCAUCACCUUCCAGGACCUGCCUCUCAACAUCUACAUGGUCAUCUUUGGGACAGGCAUCUUUGUCUUCAUCCUGAGCCUCAUCUUCUGCUGUUACUUUAUCAGCAAACUACGACACCAAGCCCAGAGUGAGCGGUUUGGAUAUAGAGAGGUGGUUUUAAAAGGAGAUCCAAAAAAGCUGAGUCUUCAUGGGCAGACGUGUGCUGUGUGUCUAGAGGACUUCAAAGUGAAAGACGAGCUGGGAGUGUUGCCAUGCCAACAUGCUUUCCACAGGAAGUGUCUGGUGAAGUGGUUGGAGGUGCGCUGUGUCUGCCCCAUGUGCAACAAACCCAUAGCUGGUCCUCCUGAGCAGCAUCACAGCAUAGGGACUCUGCUGGAUGAACUGGUGUAACCUCUGAACCCCUGCCAGCCUGGGGUGGGACAUCGGCACCCGGCCAUACCAGCUGGUAUAAGUUAGCGACCAACAGGAAGAGGAACAGUUGUUGGGGUAACCUAGUUACCACCUGGAGAAAGACUAUGAAGGAUGCUGUUGCCUAGCAACCAUCUCAGAGAUGGCAACACGACACCUUAUAGUGUCUGAGAGAUUAUCUCCAGCCACCCACACAUCACUCCACCACUCUUCUUUCACCCGCUCCAUCACAUCUUCUCGUGUUGCCUCGAGUGAGGUUAAUAGCACCACUGAAGUGGAGGGGACACAGUUGCAUUUUUCAGUGAUGUGAACAAGUGAGCGUUGAAGGAUGACAGUAGGAGGCACUAACCCCCUCUGAGCAUGUGUAUGUUAUGGCAGUCACUGAUAUAAGAUAAUGUCACUAUUGGCUGAGGUUAUUGAAAUUCUAGGAAAUCUUUCAGACAAAGCCAUGUUGUUAAGUUAUGUGGCUAACAAUACAAUAAAUUCCUAGUGUUUAUAUAAAAUGAACAGGUAGAACAAGGGUUUAAUAAAAAUGUCUGCAGCACUAGAAACAAAGACCAGAAGAGAUUUAAUAAUACAGUGGCAAAGACAUCGACAGGGUUGAUUAAAACUGCCUUCAAGGAAAUUAAAAACUUUUUUAGGAUUUUAAAUUGAAGUCACACUGGCUUAAAAAAGUGAUUGAAAAAGGGAGAUUCAUGCCUCAUCAGUAGGACCUAAAUUAUUCAUGUUACAUAGAAGAAACAGCUCAAGUUGUAGUCCAAGUGUAGCAGAUUAAUCAGUGUUUUUACUGAUACUGAUACUGAUACUGAUGUGUAAAAUCCAUAUUGGUGCCCACCUCUACAUUGAUAUGUAUGUUCAUGCUCCAGUUGUUUUAUUGUUCAUACAUGUUUUUAUUGUGUUUAUAUAGAUGGGAGGAACUGACACCUCCUGUCUCUCGUUGUAACUGUUUGGUUCUUUGUUAAAAUGUUGAAGAUUUUUUUAGACAUUGCACUUUGAAUUCACAAAAAAAAAACAAAAGAAAAAGUUAAAUUGAGGUUUGGAUGAUGCAGCACAGCCUCGUUUUCAGGUGUGGUGAAUCUUUUAUAAAAGAGAUGCUGCUUCAGUGAAGAUAAAGGAAGAAGACCCUCUGUGUUCUUUUGUGAAUCCAUUUGGGAAACGACUUAUUCUCACUUUCAUACACAGUGUUUUUGUGGCAUUGCUGGUGAUUCUGUUUUACAUUCCUCGUCGUAGGGGUUCCUUUCGUAUGUGUGUGUGUGUGUGUGAUUUACAGUGAUUCAGAAAGCAAAACACUGCCUAAAUUGAGCACAAAACUCACAAAGCACAUUGUCCAGAUACAGAAGGCACCUGCACUGUAAUUAAAAAGCCAAACACACAGGUGAGGCUGUUGAAGCCACACAAGUCUGUGUGCCAUGUAAAGAUAAAAAAUGUAUAUCCUGUUGCGUUUUCAACACGUGAGAAAGAGAAAUGUUCACUCUGAUUCUGGCCACAUUCCACAUUUUUUAAUCUUACAGAUGUAAAUAACUUGAAACAAUAAUAAAUACAAUUGUCUGUUUUGCUCA